ACUUUAUGCACAUACCUGACAGUUUGCGCCAGGAUGUGAAACAUUUGGACGCCUGGACCACGUCACCCUCCUAUUACCGAAACUAAACCUCGUGACGAAUGUGCAGCUGUUAACUCUGCAGUCGUUCACUGCGCAGGCAAGAUGGCGGCUCCCGGGAAGCAAUAUGGACUUAUUCUUCCUAAGAAGCUGCAGCAGAAGAAAAAUGUCUGCGUGCCCAAGCAUUCAGCAUUUGCAGAUUCUGAUGAGGAGAUGUCUGUCGGAGAAACUCUACAAAGGGAAGCCCUAAAGAAGCGUGUGAUGAAGCAGACCAAGCUGGAAAUGCAGAAAGCCCUGGAGGAGGAUGCAUCUGUGUAUGAGUACGACAGUGUGUAUGAUGACCUGCAGAAGAAGAAGGAGGAGAACACCGCUAAGAUGCUAUCUGAAAAAGAUAGAAAGCCUAAGUAUAUCCAAAACAUCCUGAAAGCAGUGGAGCACAGAAAGAAGGAGCAGGAAAGAAGAAUGGAGAAAAAGAUCCAGAAAGAGCGUGAAGUGGAAGGGGAAGAGUUUAAGGACAAGGAGGCUUUUGUCACAUCUGCCUAUAAGAAAAAGCUUCAAGAACAAGCUGAAGAGGAAGAGCAGGAGAAGAGGGAAGCUGCUAUAGAAGCAUCCCUGGAUGUAACUAAGCAGAGGGACCUGAGUGGCUUUUACAGACAUCUGCUGAAUCAGACUGUUGGUGAAGAGAAAGCUCCUGAAUGCAGCGUGAGAAGUGCCGAGGUGAAACAGGAGAAGCCAAGAGGAUAUUCUGAUGAACGUAAUAAUGGGAAGAAUGAGGAGAACAUUGAUGCUGAUAGUGAUUUGGAAACUGAGUCUAGUGAGGCCGAGGAGGAUACUUCAAACAAAUCAAGUAACGGUGACAAGAGUGAAAGAAGAACCCAUGAUAGACGUAGACCUACAAGCUCAUCGAGCGAGGAGGAAGAUGACAGACAUGAGACAAAAAGUAAGAAAACGAGUGACAAAGACAGAAUCGAGAGAGAGAAAGAUUACACAGAGAAAGAACGAGAGCGCAAUAACAAAGAUGGAGAAAGAGAAAAGGAAUAUCUUAAGACAGAGGACGAUGAAUACAUUAUUAAAAAAGAUAGUCAUGGAACAAAACACAAGGCAAGAUUUGAUGAGAUAGAGAAGAGAGAUGGAGCUGAUAAAGACAGAGAUCGCGGAGACAGGUCGGACAGAGAUCGCGGAGACAGGUCGGACAGAGAUCGCGCAGGCAGGUCGGACAGAGAUCGCGCAGGCAGGUCGGACAGAGAUCGCGCAGGCAGGUCGGACAGAGAUCGCGCAGGCAGGUCGGACAGAGAUCGCGCAGGCAGGUCAGACAAAGAUCGCGCAGGCAGGUCGGACAAAGAUCGCGCAGGCAGGUCGGACAGGGAUCGCGCAGACAGGGAUCGGGCAGACAGGUCAGACAGGGACCGUGAAGACAGGGAGAGAGCAGACAAAUCAGACAGAGAAAAAAGUAGAGCAGAGAAAGAUAAUAAAGAAAGAGACCAGAAAGGCAAAACAGACAGAGAGCUGGAGGAUACUUCAGAAAAAGCUAAAAUUCAAAGUGACGUGGAGAAAAAAGAGGAGAGCCAAUCCCCCUCUGAAGUGCACCAGACGGCUGACUCCAAGCGCAAGGUGGAUGAAACCUCGAAGGAAGAGAACUCCUCAACAAACAAAUUUGCAAAACGCAGUAACGAUGAAACAGUGAUAUCAGCCAAAGACCGAUAUCUUGCAAGACAAAUGGCUCGAUCUGCAGUGAAAACAUAUGUAGAAAAAGAGGAGGACUAAAGCCAUUGUUCAUUUUGGUUUUCCUGAACGCUCUGCAGACAACCUGGCAAUAUGUUUUGUUUUUUUUGGAAUUUGUAUUGAUGAGGUAUUAGGUCUAUUUAUCUUUUUGUGUUGCUUGGAACAAAUGAUGAAUUAAUUAAUUGAUAUUUGCCAGUAAACUUGUUAAAAUAGU